ACAGCUGGACAAACGCCGACCCACGACACAACGUUUUUCCCCCUCGACGUUUCGGCAGAGAAACCGUGGAUCUCUCUUUUUUUUUUUAAGACAAAACCGCAAACAAACUGUAAAAGGAGACACGUGUUUAUUUAGCAAAUUGGAGAUUAAUAGAAUAAUUGGUUUACUGUGUGGUUUUCCUGUGACGUCCGGGACCGGAAAAGAGACGUUUUCCCCCGACAGCUGGUUUGCCGAUUCCCCCUGUGAGCACUUUAAGUUGAGCCGGCAGAGAUGAGUGGUCCAGAGGUGGCCAAGACACCGGGAGGCGGAGCUCCAGGGAAGGAGGGGAAGGAGCCGGUGGCCAAUGGGCACGCAGGAGAGGGCAGCGACGCCAACCCCUUCGCUGAGUACAUGUGGAUGGAGAACGAAGAGGAGUAUAACAGACAGGUGGAAGAGGAGCUCUUGGAGCAGGAGUUCUUGGAGCGCUGCUUCCAGGAAAUGUUGGAAGAGGAGGACCAGGAUUGGUUCAUCCCUUCACGUGACCUCAACAACCAGGGGGUGGGGCAGCUGCAGCAGCAGCUCAACGGUCUGUCCGUCAACGAUCACCACAACCUGGAGGAAGUGGCGAGGAAGAGCAUGUUGAAUCCCGAGGCGAAGGAGUUUGUCCCGGGGAAGAAAUACUAGGAGUCCCCCUCACCCCCAUGGAGCCUCCACGCGCACGCGCACACACCAGUUCUCACAUAUUCUCAGAGACUCUGGCGGUCACGGCCGCACACACACUGAUUCACACCCACACACAACACACACACACACUCCUACACGCUUGAAGUCAAUUUUGCGCUGACAGGCCCAGUUGGGGGGUGGGGGGAUUUCUUUUUGUUUCUUUAUUUUUCUUUUUGUUUCUUUAAUCUUUUUAUUUCCUGUUUGUUUCUUGUAAACUGAGGGACAUUGGGAACGGGGUGGGGGAGGGGUGUAAUACCAGCACCGCCCUUACUGCGGGCGCUAGCUCAUCGCAUUUCAGAUGGCACUGUUGAUGUUUACAGAGUAUGCAGAUCUCAUCGAUGUCCCCUUGGAACUGAGGCAGCUACCAAGGAGUGAAACCAGGACAAAGAGUCAAUCCAAAAACACCUAAUAAUAAUAAACUUGGAGAAAUUGCUUCACUUAAGUGUUAAUUUGUGUGCUGUCAGAUUUGAGAAACAUCGUCUGUAGGUCAAAGGUCUCCACAAUAGUACAGUUUAAAGAGUGAUAAACAUUUCAGGGGACUUGAUGGGUUUCUGCAGCUGCUCUGUUGUGUCAUUACGGUCAGUCACACCCGUCUGCUAAUAUGACGUAAUAAGCUCAUUGCGACGUCGCAGCUCUUGUGCAUCUAUAAAUGUGGGCUCUUAUUUGUAUCUGCGGCGGCUCCGUUCCACACUAAAUACAGACCCCACCCUCCCUGCACGCUUGUUUCUGAAGUGAUCUGAACCGAGGGGUAAUCAUGGAUGAGAAGUUAUUUUCCCGAUUUAUGUGGAAGUCCAUGUUUAUCUUUUCUCGUAGCACGGAUGCGUGAGUUUCUCAGUCAAAGCAUCGAGUUAAGCAAGACAAAUAUUAUAGAGGCAUGGUCAGAGAUUUUUGGCCCUUUAAAAAGAAAACUCAGUUAUUUUUGUGUUCAUGGCGUCAUCCUUUAGUUCAAUUUGGAUUUAUGGGGUGUAGUGAACAACCUUGUUACAGGGGAGUAUUUGGUCUGGAACACAGCCACUGCCUCUUUCUGCCGGAUCAUUUGGUUUGUCCAGCAUCAGAUCAAGUGUCCAUAUCCAAAUCAGGUUUUUCAAAUAACCUCUCCUCCUCUUUUUUUUCUUUUUUUUGUUCUCCAUGUUUUUGAGGAUGAGGAAUUUUGUGUCUCUACUGGCUACAGUAACCUGUGGUGUCCAUUCAGUCCUGUUUGCAGGAGGGAACGUGAGGGGACAAUAUUGUCAUGGCCAAUCAGAAUAAAGCAGUAUGGAACAUGUGGCUGGCAGUAUGGCUUCCUUGCUGUUCUUUUUGUAGGUUGAUGUGUUUUGAGGAAGUUCUUUUUAACCAUUAAUCUUUGUUGCAGUCUGGCUUUCCUUAAAGCAUCAUCUGUUUAGUUCAAGUGUAAUCUCCCGUUAAGUCCAAUAUGAGAAGGUUGUAUUAUGUGAAGAUGCUUUUCAGGAAACUCAGCUUUGGGUUUAAAUGCAGAGGCAUUCUUAUCUUGUCAUCUGAACAUUUAUGUUCUUAACGUCACUAUUCAUUUUUAGUAUUAAGUGACAACAAUGUCGUAUUUUAGUGUUAAGAACACACUUGUGCACUUGUACUUUUACUGAAGUAUUAGACAGGAGAAAGCUUUAUUACAACCAUGCAGCUUUACCGGUUGUCUGCCUAACAAGUACUACGGUGUGUUCUUAAAGUAUGAACUCUGUUCUAAAUUGAACUUCCUCACAGUGUUGUGGUGAAUGGCACCCUGGUGAAGCCAAUAGGAAUGUCCGCCAGGUGGAUUGUACAACAUGAAAUCAUUUUUGGUGAUUUUGUUUAGACGCGUUUAGAUGACAUAAGCCGUUUAAAAAAAAAAAGAAAAAAAAAGAAAAGAGGUCCAGAAGAGACAAAGAGUAAGAAUUUCAAUACAAAUAAAAAUAAUGAAAAAAGAAGAAUAAAGAUGUUAAAAGACA